CCUCAGUCACCAUGGCACACCAGCUCCUGCCAGUGCCACCCCUGAAGAAGAUGGGGUCACCGACCGCCACAGCGCUUGCCCUCGUUGUCCUGUUCCUAUUUCUCGAGCUUUUGUUUACGUUUGUUUUCUUGUGUCCCUGUGAUCCAAACUAUGGCAGACAUGUUUGUUUCUGCAUUCUGUACAUGCUGCUCCCUGCAUGCAUCUUGUUUUACGCCUGCCUCUUGAUGGACAACAAGCGUAUGGAGAUCUGCGGCUGGACCAGAGAGGAUUUCCCCCGGCCCUCCACCAAGUGCUGCACUGUGUUUCUGAGGGCGCUGUCCAUAGGCCUGGUUUGGGUAAUAAUAGCUCUCGUCAAUGGAGACUGGUAUGUGUGCUUAAGGACACAUAGCAAUGGUACAGCCGAGGAACAGCUUGCCUGCAAGUAUGAGGGAGACAUGACAAAACCUGAAAAGUUUGAAGUCAAGUAUUACACCAAUGUAUCUAGGUCUAUAGGCUUAGGUUUGAUUUUAGUAGUUUUGCUACUGUGGGUUGGAGGAUCCUGCCGACGCACGUCAUAUAGACAACAUCUGUUUGACCAGCAACUGGAGGAAGAGGCUGAAGAAAUUUUCAGACAACUGAUAGCUGAUGAAGCAAAACAGAAAUCAAGAGAAGGGGCAACGGAUAUAAGAUAAUGUGUUAUGAUUAUUGAAUGAAUUAUAUUAAUGGAGGAGUCAGACAUUUUUUAAGCCUAUGCAAUAUGGAACACCAAGACAAUAUUAUGUAAUGUCUUAUAAAAAAGCUGGACAUUUUCCAGAAAUAAUCAUUAAAUAGAUAAUCAGGAAAGGAUGGAUAACUUGUCUCAACAUAACAUUUUUGUAAAUGCUUCUGUUUUCCCAACAACAAUAUAAUCAGUCCUGACUUCUGUGUACUGAGAUCUUUCUCACCCCAAUGGACGAACGUCCAGGAAUCAGAGUUGCCUAACAGGCUGACAAUAUAAUAACUACAUUGCAAUGUUUAAUUAACUGACCCUGGCUUUUUAGUUUAGCUAUGUGGAAAGGUUACAUUAGUAUGAUACUAUUGUGCCAUAAGGACCAAGACUAGUUGGUCAUGAUUCUAAAGGACCAAGACUAGUUGGUCAUGAUUCUAGGUGACAUUUACAACUGAGAAAGAUUCCCACUGCUCUGCUGGUCAUUUGGAGGGCUCAUACAGAACACUAGA